UGACAUGAGCAGCGACAGAGCCAUCAGGAGGGAAGAAGGAGAGAGGCUGGCCAGAGAGUACUCCGUUCCUUUCAUGGAGACUAGUGCCAAGACAGGAGUGAACGUGGAGCUGGCCUUCACUGCUGUGUCCAAGGAGCUGAAGCACCGGGCUGUCCAACAUCCCAAUGAACCCAAGUUCCAGAUCCAUGAGUACAUUGAAGCUCAGAAGGAGAAGUCCGGCUGCUGCAGCUACAUCUGAGUCUCUCUGCUUCUGAGUGGGAGGAAGCCCCAUGAACUAACUGAAGCUCCUAGAAUAUUCUGCUGCCAUCCUUUCACAAGAUAAACCCAGCUACACUCACUUAGCCCAUGGUUUGCUUUAGCCGAGAGCUUUUUACCCCAGGAACAUGUUCAAACUUUGCCUGACUUAGCAUACUCAGCCAUAACCACACUCUAACUGAAAACAAAUCCAAUUUAAAUUAAUGUUCUUAUAUAACUAAUUACAUCAUUAAUGCUUUUUUGAACACAGUUUUUUUGUGUUUGCCUUACAUAGAACUCAGAGUAAAAGUUUUUUUACCUAAUUUAAUGUAUCAUAAAAAUUGUGUUACAAGACACCACUCUGCCAAAGUGCAAGAAAGCUUCAGGCAGUUUGAUAAACCCACAGACUUCUGGCACAGGCCAGAGGAGCACACAGUCUUAGGCAGAUCAGUGGGGAUCAGCCUUGAAACAUUUACAAUUGUACAACCGUGUGUAUUAUGCAAUCUACAGACAGACACACAAAGGCCAUAGAUGUAGUUCAAAGACAUCCCCUUGAACGAAGCCCUGUCUGUUAAUGACGUACAUUCUGUUUUGAUGAAGUGACAGUCAGCUGUUGAACGCUGGCUGUGAGGAGAAACGCUCAGGGACAACGAUGCAGGAAGCUAACAUGCUCUAACAAGCCAGAAGAGUAAGAGCAGCAACUGCUUCUCAACAUGCAGAGGAACCCAAAUGUUCUGGUCUCCUGAAACAUGUCACUCGCAGAAGAUUGCUGCAUAGGACCAUAACUUGGAUCUCCAGUUUUGCCUAAUAAAUGUACAGAUCAUAUUGUGUUUAUAUAUUGUGAGUGAGUGAGGCGAGAAUUGACAAUGUCUUGUAAAAUGUUGUCCGCAUUACUUACCUUCCUGUGUGUGUGUGUGUGUGUGUGUGUGUGUGUGUGUGUGUGUGUGU